AUGAGGAAGGGUGGUUCUUUGGCGAUUUGUGAAGGAGGCUUGCGCCCACAUAUGAAAUCUGAAUUUGUUAUUAGUAAAGGCAAAGUGGUUUUGAUGGAGAAUAAAUGUUAUUCUCAGAAACCCAUUUCUAAUGUUUGUGUUGAAAAUGUGAAAUUGAGAAAUCAAGAUUCAUCUGUCAUGAUGGUAAGAAAUUCGGACAUUCUAAAUGUUGAUGCUGUUGAUAAUGCUGAAGAUGGUAUCACUGUAAAACUGAAUGUGGAAAAGGAAACAGAGAAUAUUGAGAAAUUGCAUAAUUCUCUUGUUGUUAAAGCAUUUGGGGAGAAUGUGCCUCUCUAUGUGAUUAGUAAUGAAUUGAGAAGGCAAUGGGCUCAAUUUGGUAAUUUUCACAUUACAAUGCUUGGGAUGGGAUGGAGCUUAUGUGCUUUUGAGGAUGCUAAAGCUCUGGAAUCAGUUAUGAACAAUGGACCUUGGUAUGUUAAUGGGCAUAUUAUAGAUAUGGAUAAAUGGUCUCCGAUGUUUUCUCCCUCUUUUUUAAAAGGGCUUACAGCUCCAGUUUGGAUUAGAUUACCGAACUUACCUCUUUACUGUUGGGAUGAGGUAAAUGUUUGUAGAAUUGCUUCACAAGUUGGAACUCCUUAUUUGAUUGAUGGAAGUAUAUUUCAAUGGAAUAGAAGGGAGUUCGCAAGAGUUUGUGUUCGUAUAAAAUUGGAAGAUAAACUCCCCUGUGGUGUUUGGGUUGAGGGGAGUUAUGGAAAUUUUUUUCAGAAAAUCGAAUUUGAAAAGAUCUCUUCAUUAUGCUUAUCUUGUGGAAGAAUUGGACACUUGAAAAAUGUUUGCCCUGAGAAGAUGGAUGCAGCGAUGGAAGUUAUUGGUGAUCAGCAAAGCUCUAAAGAAUUGAAUAUAUCGAUUAUGAAGAAUGAUGUUGUUUUCCAAAAGAAGGCAGAUUUGAAAUCUACGGAAGAUAAUCAUGGGCCUUGGAUCCAUGUGAAUUAUGGAAAGAAGAAAUUGUUAAACAGGAGGAAAUUACCUUUUAUAGGUAUGAAAAAGCGUGAUAAAAAGAUUGAAGCUGCAACUUGA